UUGAAAACAUGGCGGAAGGUUGCGAUAGCCAGCCUGAAACACCCGUCUGGAGCAAAGACAUAUUUUGCAGGUACUAUCUCCAUGGUGUGUGUCGUGAAGGCGAUAGUUGCCGCUACUCCCAUGACCGUUCCGCCCAAGCCUCCAUGGUAUGCCGCUUCUAUCUCAAGGGCAACUGCACAUAUGGAGACAAAUGCAGAUAUGACCACGUAAAACCACAAAAAGAUGUCUCAAAACACCAACCUUCCAACAAGAUCUCAUCAAAUGACGUAAAUCCCAAGUCAGCUGUAAGCAACUCACAGUCACACAAGCCCCCGCCAUUCAGCAGCUGUUGUAACGCCGACUUCAAGAGUAACAUGGUGUCCCUAAAGAAGGGCGUGGCGCCAAGUCCUCAGCCUCAGGUGACCUUAUCCUCCCUGGGGAAGCCAGCAGAGGAGUGGGUCAAGGCUAAAGAAUUUGUCCCAGGACAGCCCUAUGAGGGUGCAGUUCCAAGCUCCUAUGCCAAAGCAGCCAAGGUCGGCAAGCCCGAGGAAGAAGAGACCCCAGCUGCAGAUGAUGAUGGUGCGUAUGAAGCAACAGAUAACUCGAAGAUGCUGUGCCCAUUUGCUGCCCACGGAGAGUGUUGGUAUGGUGACAACUGCGAGUACCUCCAUGGCAAUAUCUGUGACCUUUGUGGCCUUGCUGUCCUUCACCCUGACGAACCCGACCAGCAGGAACAGCACAGGAAGGUUUGUCACGCGCGCCAUGAAAAGGACAUGGAGUUGUCCUUCGCUAUUGCUCGCAGUAAAGACAAGGCCUGCGGUAUAUGUAUGGAUGUGGUGGUGGAGAAGAAUCCAGUCAGCGAGCGGCGCUUCGGGAUUCUGCCCGGCUGCAACCACUGCUUCUGUCUCUCCUGUAUACGCAAGUGGAGGUGUGCCAAGCAAUUUGAAAAUAAAAUAAUCAGAGCAUGUCCUGAGUGUCGGCUUCAGUCCGACUUUGUGACACCCAGCCAGUACUGGUACGAGACCAAAGAAGACAAAGAGAAACUAAUUGAAGGUUAUAAGGGAGCAUUAAGUUCAAAACCAUGUCGGUAUUUCGAUCAGGGAAGAGGCGAGUGUCCCUUCAAUGAAAAGUGCUUUUACCUUCAUGCAUAUCCAGACGGGCGGAUAGCGGAACCCCAGCCCCGGAAGGUCCGGAGGCGGAGGAACGCAGAUGGCGAGACGGACAUUGUUAGGCGGAUCAGCUUGUGGGACUUCUUCGAGGAGAGGGACAUGAGGCACAAUUUAUGGAUCCUAGAAGAGGAGUUCUUGUCACACCUCCUGUUAGAUAUUAUGUUAGAUAGUGAUUCAAGUAGUGAUUCUGAUGACGCGUGGUAGCAUUUGAUUGGUCAGGGACUGGCAUGUCGUGUUCUUAUUGGCUAAUUUAUUCUGACUAAACUUGCAGGGAGUGAGCUUGGCCUUUGUUCAGGGCAGAGUGAUUGAUUUAUAGGAGAGUCAAGGAUUUGUUUGGUAUUAGAAGAAAUUGAUUCUGCUAAUCUGCUACUGGGUUGACUCUGGAUAAUGGUAGGAUAAUAUUCAGACCCAACAAUACACUGCUAUAAACCUUCAAUAACCAAAUAAACCCGUUUUGUACAGGAACGUCUGUGUACUUACAGUUCAUAGUGAUGUGAUAUUUUUAUUAUGCCCUCUGAAUCAUACAACAUAUUUAUAUUUGUGCCACUUUACUGCCAUGAAUUGUUUUGUUUCCUUACUUGACUGAUUUCCAUGGUAACGAUUUCCUCAGAAAUAAGACCUUGUGAAGAUCUGGGUAAGAAUAGAUCGAUCUACUGCAAACCAUGCUGACAAAAUGGAUAGGAUAGAAAGACUCACUGAUGUGUUUGAUACCUGACAUCCUAUAUCAGUUGUGUACAUUGAUCUUGAUGAUGUCAAUCAUUGGAUUAUCUGGUUCACACUGCUAUAUUAAUCAAACAAACAAUGAAAUCAGUUGUGGAAGGUAGAGUAAUUAGUUUCACUGUUUGUGACUUCCGAGAUAAUAUUCUAUCAGGGUGUUUGUAAAAUAUUUUAGCAUUCUUUUGUUUUUGUUAUAAUAAAUUGUUUUUGUUUUGCACAAAAACAAACGAGUUGAAAUGAGUUUAGCUUGUAAGACCAAAUCAAUGUUUCUGUUUUUAAUGUUUUUGUUACGUUUCCCAAUCACUGAUUUUCUUAAAAAGUUGUCUGUAUAGGCUUUGUCUUGUCACACAUUUUUAACCUGAACGUGUUUCAACGAACAAAAAGCAACCCAAAUAUGUAUUUGGUGUUUAGUAUCAACUGGCCAUCAACUCGUUGCAGUUUUGAAAAUCAAGCAUGGAUGUCAAGAAGUCUUAGUCUUAAUGUCAAAAGUUUAAGCAGACCCUGGAUUCUAAUAGCCAACAUAAUAGAGCCCAAGUACCGCCUUAGUUUUGAAUACAGUUUGAUUGUUGUUUUGUUUGAUGUUUGGUUGUCUGUUAUUGAUCCAACAGGUUUUGAGAUGCCCCUGUCAAGUGAAACUUUGUGAGCAGACAUUCUGUACCCGUUGGACUUGUGGUAUCAAGAGACAGAACCCUGUAUAGGUUCCUGCACAGCUCGAAAGUGCCAGUCUUCCACUGUUUACCGACUUUGUUAACUAGGAAUAUAUGCAUAUGCUCAAUAAUGUACUGGCAACCUGAUGUGUUACAUUGUCAAUAUUCAUACAAUUCACUUCAUGCUGUGUAGGGGCGGUGGGGUAUCCUAAUGGUUAGAGUGUUCGCUUAUCAUGCCAAAGACCUAGGUUUGAUUCCCCACAUGGGUACAAUGUGUGAAGACCAUUUCAGGUAUUGGCUUGGAUGUGGAUAAAUGGUUGUACUUUCCAAAGCUCCGUAUACUGUUGUUUAAAGCAGUGCUGAACUGCAUCUUUGCUGAACUGCAUCUCCCAUCCCGACAAUAGUUCGUAUCAGGAUUUUCUGUUUGUUAACUCAAUGUAGAUGAUAGUUUUAUGAGUAACAACCUCUUUUCAUUGUGAUAAACAGGUAAUCUCAUUUUUCUCCCUGAACUUUCUGCUGAAAUUUUGGGAUGAAGAAGUUUUGGCAUGGAGAAGUUUUGAGAGGGAACCUUUCAAUGUGAUAAAGAAAUUGUUUCACAAGAGCUUUUCUCUACUUGUUAAACCCCAGUUUGCCGCCGCUCAUCCUGUUGAUAAUUAACACCAGCCUUCACUCAGUUUUUCUAUCAAAUGGAUAACACUUUCUUUUCAGUGUAAGUUAUUUUCCAUAAACUUUUGUCUACUUUGUCAUCCAUCAAUGUGUAAUAAAGGCCUGUAUCAAAUGGUGUAGUUUUUCAGGUAUUGGAUAGGUCUGUUGCAAAGGAUUGUGGGUCACACAUUGUAAGCAGAAUACCAUCUGUUGCAUGGAUACCACUGAACCUUAUCCCUACACAGUUUGUCAGCUACCUCACUGACAUGAAGUGAGCAGGGUGCUUGGAAUGUUGACAGUGAACAUGCAGGUGCUAGCCCAUGUGAUAGAGAACGAUUCCAUUUGUAUCUGGACAUGUUCAGAGAUGUAACUUGGCAUUAAGUCUGAACUUGUGUAACGGUUUCUUUUCUUUUGUUAUUUAGGAUCUGAUCAUGGACUUGUAUUUCCAUUUUUAAGACUUGCUACAGAAUUAUUUUUAGUACUAGACUGACAUGAAUCAUAUAUUAAACUUGUGAACAGAAUUAGAUUUUGUAGUAUAAAGAUGUAUUUUGAAGUAGACCAACUUUAAGACAUAGUUUCCAGAUAUAGUAACGCGAUACCUGAUCAGGAGACUCAAACAGCUAGUCAUAGAAAUAUAGAGUGAGUGUUUGUUGCAAGUACAGUCCAACA